CUCGCUCCAGCUGUUUCCCGCCUUGGGCCGCGGGCAGAGGCCGGAGCCGGGCCGGGAGGGGCUGAACCGGGCCGGGACGAGCCGGGCUGGGCUGAACUGGGCCCCCCGCCCCCGUUAUGGAGUACUUCAUGGUGCCGGCCCCCAAGGUGCCGGCCCUGCAGCACUUCAGGAAAUCCGAGAAGGAGGUCAUCGGCGGGCUCUGCAGCUUGGCCAACAUCCCGUUGACUCCGGAGACCCAGCGGGACCAGGAGCGGCGGAUACGCAGGGAAAUCGCCAACAGCAACGAGAGACGGCGGAUGCAGAGCAUCAAUGCUGGCUUCCAGUCCCUGAAAACCCUCAUCCCACACACGGAUGGGGAGAAGCUCAGCAAGGCAGCCAUCCUCCAGCAGACAGCCGAGUACAUCUUCUCCCUGGAGCAGGAAAAGACUCGGCUACUGCAGCAGAACACCCAGCUCAAGCGGUUCAUCCAGGAAUUCAGUGGCUCCUCCCCGAAACGGCGACGGGCAGAGGACAAAGACGAGGGGAUUGGCUCACCGGACAUCUGGGAAGAUGAGAAGGCCGAGGAUCUGCGUCGGGAGAUGAUCGAGCUCCGGCAGCAGCUGGACAAGGAGCGCUCGGUCCGCAUGAUGCUGGAGGAGCAGGUUCGCUCCCUGGAGGCCCAUAUGUACCCCGAGAAGCUGAAGGUGAUUGCUCAGCAGGUGCAGCUCCAGCAGCAGCAGGAACAGGUGAGGUUGCUGCACCAGGAGAAGCUCGAGCGCGAGCAGCAGAUCCGAACCCAGCUCCUGCCGUCACAUGCUCCCCCAGCGCCCACCCACCACCCCACCGUGAUUGUUCCAGCGCCGCCUCCCUCCCAUCAUGUCACCGUGGUCACCAUGGGCCCAUCCUCGGUCAUCAACACGGUCUCCACGUCCCGGCAAAACCUGGACACCAUCGUUCAGGCGAUCCAGCACAUCGAGGGGACGCAGGAGAAGCAGCUGCAGGAAGAGGAGCAGAGACGCGCCGUCAUCGUAACGCCAGCACGCGCCUGCCCCGAGCCCUCCGCCUCCGACACCGCCUCUGACACCGAGGGCAACGACAGUGACUCCAUGGACCAGAGCAAAGAAGAGCCCUCGGGGGACGGGGAGCUGCCCUGACACCCCCCGGCCAGCAGCUGGGGAGGGAAGCCAGGGCGGGGGGGGUAACGUCAGAGAAUAUGCUGAAAUUUUUAAAAAAUACAACGCGAUUUGGGUCUCUUUUAUGACCUUUUUCCAAUACUGUAAAGCAGAGCGUUAGAGGCAGGCAAAGGUCACCCUUCAGCUCCCAGGGGGGCGGGGGCU